GUAUUUUUUAUCGGGUGCCCCGGCGACCGCGACGGGAUCGGCGGCGCACGUCUCCCUCCACGACAGAAGUCUCCGCUGCGGCGUCCCGACCGCAGCGCCGCACGAGCUCGCGCCGCUUGUCGGGUCUCGCCGGCGCCAGAGAGGCAGCCCCGCCCCGCUGGCCGCGGCGUACGUCAGACACCGAGCGACCCGGUGCGGCAGUGGCAGCUGCGAGCCGAAGGCGGCAGCGCACGGCGUGCAGCGCAGCGGAAGGAGGUCACUUGCAGGAGAGAUCCGAACGCGCGCACGCAUGGUUAAGCUGAUCACAUGCUAAGGCACCACAUCUGGGAGCCACUGUAAGCACACCAUCUGGUGAAGGGGAUCUGCUCCCCUUAGAAGAUGGAUUACAUAGGAAAGUUCCUGUCAAACUUCAAAGAAUUCUACAAUGAAAUCAACACAGCAACAUUAACAGGUGCCAUAGAUGUUGUGGUUGCACAGCAAGAAGAUGGCUCAUACAUCUCAUCUCCAUUCCAUGUUCGCUUUGGCAAGAUUGGUGUCCUCAAAAGCAAGGAAAAAAUUGUGGACAUCGAGAUCAAUGGCGAGCCCGUGGACAUCCACAUGAAGCUGGGCGAGUCGGGUGAGGCGUUUUUCGUCGAGCCGGUGGAGGAGGGCGAGGAGAUGUCGUCGGCCGAGCUGGCCACGUCGCCGCUGCCGCAGCCGGCGCGCCAGCGGCCCGCCUUCCAGCCACUGCUGGUGGACGGCCGGCAGCUGGACAGCAGCGAGCCGUUCGGCGGCUUGCAAGACGCGGCCGAGGUGGUGGAGGGCGCUGCCGCCGCCGGCCAGGCCGUCGCCGCCGAGGUGCGCGUGAGCCUGGCCAGCAUCAGCGACGGCGCCGCGCAGACCCAGCUGACGGUGGCCAGCGGCAGCUGUGACGUCACGCCGACGGCCGGCAGCCAGGCGCCGGACGCGCACGCACAGAUGACGGUGACGGACGUAGCGCGCUCGCUGGAUGCAGCGUCGGCGGAGGAGGAGCACACGGUGACCACUGACCUCAGCUGCAGCGUGCGGCCGCGGCCGGGUGACGCGCCGCUCACCUUCAAGGCGCGCAAGGUGGAGAAGCUGGUCAAGCUGGACGGCUCCACCAUGUUCGUGCCGAUCAAGAACACGGAGAAGGUGUCGGCCGGCACGCAGACGGAGCGCGAGCUCCACAGCAGCUCGAGCUCGGGCGGCUCGGCCGACUCGCGCACGCCCAGCGCCGGCGACGAGCGCGACCAUGUCAAGAAGCGCAAACAGAAAAAGCGCAAGACGGCCAAGCACCGGCGCUCGCUCUCGGAGACCAAGGUGGAGGUGCGCGAGGAGAGCAUCUUCGAGAUGGAGGACGUCAGGCAGGAGGUGCGCGCCUCACGCGCCUCGCUCGACGAGUGGACCACGUGCAGGUCUGCCUACCCGCAGGACUGUCAUCCGUUCAGCGACACGGACCUCAGUCCGGUCGGCAGCCCGCACUCGUCCCGCGCUCCGACGCCCAUCAAGUCGGACACCGAGUUCGAGAUCGAGCGCGAACGGCUGGUCAGCGACGAGGGCAGUCAGACGGACACCACCGUGUGGCAGUGGGGCGAACUGCCGUCGCCAUCGCGCCCGCAGUUGCUGCCGCCGGCCGCCGCCGCCCCGCUGCAGCCGGCGGCGGCCGACGGCGCCGACGCGACGACGGCCGCCACCGCCGCCGCGGCCAGUGUCGCAGCUGGCGAGGAGCGCUCUGUUCUCUCUGGCAUGUUCAGCUUCAUGCGCAAGACGAAGAAGGCGCGGCACAACCCUGUGUCGGAGGGCAUCUACCUGGACGACCUGAACCUGGAGUCGCUGGACCCGGAGGUGGCGGCACUGUACUUCCCCAGGUCGCAGUCGCUGAUGACGGCCGGGGACAAGGACGCGGCGGCCGAUCACGGCCUGGACGACGACGAGGGCAACGGCUCGUCCAUCCCGCACUCGCCGUCGCCGUCCAGUCCGCACAGCUCGGACGGCGCUGUCGGCGGCCGGCCGCUCGACCCCGACCUGGAGCGCCAGCUGGGCGACGUGGCCAUGUCGCUAUGCGGCGGCCUCGAGGGCUGCCAGGACGGCGAUGUGCCCGAGAGCCUGUUCCUGCAGUGCCUGGUGACGUACGACGACCUGUGCGACGACCCGCGCCUGCUUGAGCGACCCGAGCUGGUGGUGCGCGUGGCCGGCCGCUACUACAACUGGCAGACGGCCGCGCCGCUCCUCUGCAGCGGCGUCAUGUUCCGGCGCGCGCUGCCGGCCAACACCGUGCACCGGCUCGCCGAGCAGUUCAUGCCCAAGAAGAAGCCGACCAAGAAGGGCGCCGGCCGCAGCUACUCGUGGUGGUCGUGGCGGCGCUCGGCGGCCACGGCGACGCGCGACGAGGGCGAGCCGCCCGCGCAGCCGGCGUCGCUCGACGAGCGCGACGCCUCCGAACCGCCGCCGCCACCGGCGGCGCCGACCGCCGAGCUGUUGAGCUCUGAACAACCGGCCGCCGGACCGGCGGCGCUGGACGAGCGGCAGGCGGAGGGGCCGCUGGUGAUGGAGCCACUCACACCCGGGCCGUUGGCGCCCGAGCCGGCGGCGCCCGGGCCGCAGCGCGAGAGCGAGGCGCGCGCGCACCAGGAGUCAGUGGACCUGCGGCUGGCCGCGCAGACGGCCGAGUGCGAGACACAGACGGGCACGCCGCCCGACACUCCCGGCCGCCACUGGCCCGCCGUUGCCGGGGCGGCGGGCGCCGACAGCCAGCGUCACUCCGAGUCCGACGACACGGUCGAAGAGGAACUGCUCAUCGGCGAUGACCGCCGCUUCAAGAAGACGCUGCGCCUCUCCUCUGAGCAGAUCGUCCGGCUGGGCCUCCACGAGGGCCAGAACGAGGCCUUGUUCAGCGUCACCACCGCCUACCAGGGCACCUCGCGCUGCAAGUGCAACAUCUUCCUCUGGCGCUACGACGACAAGAUCGUCGUGUCGGACAUCGACGGCACCAUCACCAAGUCUGACGUGCUGGGCCACAUCCUGCCCAUCGUGGGACAGAACUGGGCGCAGAGCGGCGUGGCUGCGCUCUACUCGAAGAUCCGGGACAAUGGCUACAAGUUCCUGUACCUGUCGGCCCGCGCCAUCGGCCAGGCCCCGAUCACGCGCGAGUACCUGCGCUCGGUGCGCCAGGGCGACGUGCGGCUGCCGGAGGGGCCGCUGCUGCUCAGCCCCUCCUCGCUGGUCAGCGCGCUCCACAGGGAGGUGAUCGAGAAGCGGCCCGAGGACUUCAAGAUCCCGUGUCUGCGCGACAUCCAGGCGCUGUUCCCCGGCCAAAGUCCGUUGUACGCCGGCUACGGCAACCGCGUCAACGACGCCUUCGCCUACCGCGCCGUCGGCAUACCUUCGUCGCGCAUCUUCACCAUCAACCACCGGGGCGAGCUACGUCACGAGCUGACACAGACCUUCCAGUCGUCCUAUACAAAUCUGACGAACAUCGUGGACCACUUCUUCCCGCCGGUGGUCGAGCGAGACAGCCAGGUGGCCAACAUCGACUUCAACUCGUUCGUCUUCUGGCGGGACCCCAUCCCAGAGCUGUCGGAGCUGCCCCUUCUCUGAACAGGAGCUGGGCCGCCGGGCGCGCUGACCGUGCUCGCUGUGCGUGGCGCUGGUGUUGGCCGCCCUCCUGCGGCCGCUGCGUCCGGCAGCACCCCGCCCGGAGCCCCGGCGGCUCCCCGCGCCCGAGCGCCGUCACCACCGGAGGAAGAGGCCCUGGGCUCACGUCGCGUGGUGUUGUGCCGAGAGCGGGGCGCAGGUGUCGGUUGUGAGUGGUGUUUGGUUCGCUCCGGUCGGAGGGCGGCCCAUGUUGUGUCGGGAGCUACGGGGCGAGCAGGCUGUGGACGCCCUUGCCGGCCGGGGCCCGCGCCGGGCAGCCCGGCCGCCGCGUGGGGCGCUCGCCGCGGGAGGGCAGGGUGGCCGAAUGGGAGGCGAAGGGGUGAUACAGCCCGGGCUGACUGGGACGGUCCCGUCACGGGGCACAUGUAAGGAUGAUGGGAUGGGGGACGUGCCGGGUGGGUGGGGCGAUCGCACUACGGGGCGCGUCUGGGGAGGGGAUCCGUUGUUGGCGUCUUCGGACAGUCCGAAGCCGGUCGAGAGCUUCCGCCGGGCUGCGUGCGUCGAUGGGGACGUCCGAAGUGGUUCUCUCGCGGACACGUGGAGUAGAUAGCUUUCGUAUCGACGGGCUGCCGUUUAGCGUCUGUGUAGACCGUAAUCGUGCGGGGCUGGUGGGGCCCGCUUUUGACCGUUUAAGCUGUUGGUGUUGUCGACGGCCCUGUUGACUCGUUAUGUGGGCUGCGCCGCCGGCCGGAGUGGCUUUCAUUUGGACCUGCUGGCUGUUACCGCUGCAGAGGCAGCGCUUUCAUACGGCUGCCGCCGGUCCCAGUGAGAUGUUCCUCACAGGAGCCCGUGAACUUUUGUCUGGACUUGGCGCGGAGCGCUCCAGGGUAAUCGCUUUAGUUGGUGUAGCGGAUGAUUUACACAUACACACACGUGUCACCUGUCUAGUCGGGACGAGGACGAGCAGCGGCGCUCGAUGACGCCAGUACAAUGACGGCCGGGCGGCGCUGGCGCGGCUGACACCACUGCUUCUGUCUUGCCCAUUCCCGGUUUUGUUAAUAUUUUGUGACUUGAAAUACAAGCGACGUUGCAAAAUGA